UGCCGCAACGAGUGCAGGCUGCAUGUUCUAGAACAGAUGUGAUUAUCUGAAGGACAAUAGGUUGACAAGUUGACCACACCCACCGCCAUCUGUAACAAUUACGGAAGUAAGACAUAUGUAUUUGGACUCGAGUAUCCGUAGCUUGACAGAGGGAGAUGGACAACGAUCGCUUCCUGCUAUCAAAUCUUCACAAUCGGUUCCUGCUCUUGGAACUACUUUAAUGCCUCGGUCUGACCAUUGCCAAGGCUCAGCGAAUUUAAAGUGAACAGCAAAAGGCUAGACAAAGGACAGAAAUUUGGAGACUGAACACAACAGGUAUUGAAAACAACAGGUAUUGAAGACAUCAGCGCAGUAUAGAAGCAGCAACUAAACAGCAAGAUGACUGACAGCGAUGAUGAAUUUAUGAUAUUCCCCAUCACUGAUUUGGACGCCAACUAUGAUGCCUCUCAGUCGGAACAGGAAGACAGCGGUGGCGACCACCAGAGCAGCGAUGAUGACGAGAGACCCAAAGUCUUCAUGUCCCUGCGGCAGAGGCGUCUGUCGAAGGUCUUGGGGACGAAUCCCCUGCCUUUGCUGCAGACCAGCAUCCUGCCGCCGGUUCCCAACGUGAACAAGCUUCACUGGCUGUCGGCCAUCAGAAAGGCCAAGGAAAUGCAGGACCCGUGGGAGAUGUUCCACAUUGAGGACACGAAGGUCGAGAAAUGCAUCAGGCAUCGCUACAAUGCUAUCAAGAAGAGUUGGGUGCAGGAUGAAGUUAGCGUCAAGAUUCAGAAUAAGUCCUUCACCCGUGGAGCGAUGAGACAGUGCUUCAGACUGAAAAAGCUGUCAACAUUCUCCAACAAGGCGGACUGGAAACAUGCUUGUAACUAUGUGGCCAAGUCCUACAUAGAGAAGGUUGAUCGUGAGGUGUACUUUGAGGAUGUGAAGCUCCAGAUGGAUGCUAAACUGUGGGGAGAGGAGUACAAUCGUCACAACCCACCGAAGAAGGUGGACAUAUUCCAGAUGUACAUCUUGGAGUUCAAAGAAAGAAAGGGUCCCCUUUUUCACCUGGAACACUUCAUCGAGGGUGACUAUGUCAAGUACAACUCAAACUCCGGAUUUGUGGAGGAGACCAUCAGACUGACACCACAGGCCUUCAGCCACUUCACGUUUGAGCGCUCUGGCCACCAAAUGAUCGUGGUGGAUGUCCAGGGCGUGGGGGACCUGUACACCGACCCCCAGAUCCACACCGUGGAGGGCAAGGAAUACGGCGACGGCAACCUGGGGGUCAAGGGGAUGGCGCUGUUCUUCCACUCCCAUGUCUGCAACACCAUCUGCCACAGUUUUGGUCUGUCGGAGUUCGAUCUGUCCUCCCAUGAGCUUAACAGUCACAAGGACUUCCUGGCCAAGCAGAUCAAGUUUGCCCAAACCCGGGUCCGUGGUAAGGAGGAAUUCUGUAUGAGCCCCUCCCCCAAGGAAUCUGUCAAUAUCACCCAGCUGCUGCGCCAGAGGUCAAUCUCAUCCUCUGGUAGCCAUAGCGAUGACCCAUCCAGUCCCACAUCCAAUGAUGAUCCGAUGUCAAUUGACAGUCCAGUGGGCCGUGUACGAUUGAGAUUUGUCAGUGAGUCUGACAGUGUCUCCAUGAAUGAGGAAGAGGAUCGAGAAGCCUUUUCACGAGCACAGGCAAUGCGUGCGAGGCCAUCUUGUGUGAAUAUGGAGCUGGAUUUGAGAAAGUUAUCCAAUCUACGCAUUGGAGAUUCUGUUUUGGGAGAUAUCCAUCAUGAAAUGGCCAAAUAUCAUGAGCUGGGACGCUUUGCUAUGAACGAGAAUGAGAUUGACUGGGAAUCGUCCAUCUUCCAUGAGGAGCAUGCUGCCCAGCUUGGGGUUUUGGAGGCCAUCUUGACUCUUGCCAAGCUGUACCUGGGGAUCCAGAGAGAUGUACUCGUCAACUGCUAUGUGGAGCAAACCACAGAGAACAUUGACAAGGGAGUGGACUAUAUGGCCGAGGCAGCAGAGGCAGGGGAUCGGAGUGCCAUGAUCUUCAUGGCCAAAGCAUUUGAGACUGGCAUAAACUUAGGGGUUAGGAGGAGUAUCUCCUGGGAGGACUCUGUUCACUACUACGAUGAAGCUGCCUCUCAGGACACCCACGAUGAGGGUGGAGAGUAUGAUGCUGCCAUGGACGACCCUGUCUACAUCCUAAAGGCCAAGCAGGCCGAAUUGCUCCGGACCGGAGGCCAUGGCCUGGACAAGAACGCAGAGAGAGCAGCGGAGUUGUACAACGAGGCUGCAGACGAAGCAAUGGCGGCCAUGAAAGGCCGUCUGGCUACCAAGUACUACGAGAUGUCCGAGGAGUGUUACGGCGAGAUGGAGGAGUAGGGACCCUCGGAGGCUGCUGAGACAGGACCGUGCGACACAUCACAAUUUGAUCUCAGUACGUGGGAGUAGUUCUACCCAUGUAGUCUGCUCUUGCUAUAAUACAAUUAUCCAGUACGUGUCAGUAUUUGUCCUGUCGUCAUAGAUACAACAAUUGUAUGAAAGACUGGAACCACAAGACUAUAAUUUCAGAAAUGGAAUCAUCUCAGUGCUUUUGGUCGCAGUGUUAAUCAUGAAGAUGUUACAGGUUGAAGAGACUUGUUGAAGAGGACUUCUUUGAUGUUUUGAGACGUGUGACUGCAAUGUUUAUUAAGCGGAAUAUUACAGUGCUGAAGAUAGACACUUGAUGCAGUCAUGCUGAACUGACCCUGGAAGUUUCAGACAUUGACUCAAGGGGUAAUCGUUACCACGUCAUUUGAGUGCCGACAAUAGAAACUUGUUGAUUGAAACAUAUUGUACUAAACGUGCAGGUUUCAGACAAAUUGAAGGGCUAAUCGUUGCCAUGUCAGUUCAAAUCUGGUUUCAGACAUAUUGGAUGGCUAAUAGUUGCCUUGUCAGUUCAGUGCUGACGAUAGACACUUGUUGAUGCAGUCAUCUUGCCCUAAGCUUGCAGGUUUCCUACGUAGAUUGAAGGACUAAUCGUUGCCUUGUCAGUUCAGUGCUGACGAUAGACACUUGUUGAAGAAUGUGACAUCACAUGUAAAGCCAGUAGUAUUACAUGUAAACUGACUUACCCUGAAUGUGCAAUUGUGACUGAUACUAAGGUGAUGUUGGAUAAUUCGGACAUUAAAUGUAUCGAUAAAUAUCACAAGCCAGCACAGGCUUCGAUGAUAAACAGCCAGACUGACAAAUUUAAGAGAUAUAUAAGCCUGGUUUUCCUGGUCCAACACGUGUGUUAUGCUUGAUGGUGACGUGGCACUUUCAGGAUAUUGGUGCUAUGAUAAGGAAGGUGAGCUACGGACCUUAACGGAUUUAUGUUUGACAGUUAACUGUGAAGAUCUCAGCAGUGUAUGCUGAAACAUUGCUGAAAUACUGAAACCUUGAUGAAAUGCAAAAUGUAUGCUGAGAACAUACUUGGGGUUUCAUGUAUGUGUCCUUUGAGAUGAGAGAACACAAGACUUGCAUCACGGCAGAGAUGCUGAAGAGGUAUUGUGACAAAACGUCCUCAAUGGAUGUUCACACAGUUGGAUUAUUAACCUGUUAAUAUGUUGAGUGAAAUUUUGAAAAGUCUGUUGAUGUGCUGAAGACUUGAUUCCAUGUCGACAUAAUUACUAUAAUCGUGCCAUAGGUUGUUUGUUCAGUUAGUUGGACACUUUUACUGUUAGAGUUCAGCUGUAUCAUACACUGUUUUUGCAGAUUUAUCAUACUCCAAACUGUUGCUUAGCAACAGAAUAUAUGAAUGUAUUACGGUAUGUCAUAAUAACUUUCAAAAUAUUUUUUAACUGUUUUGACAACUGAAAAAUAAAGUCAAAUAUAGUAUUCUGGCUGAUAAAUGGCUUAUCGAUGGGAGAAUGUUGGUUGAUAAAGGAAUCUCGUAACUGUCUUCCAAAACUGUUCAUUGAUAUGGAUCAAGCUAAAUGAUUCGUAGUGUAAAUAGUGUACAUAGACUUUCUAUAUGUUUAAACAACUUUGGAGCUGUUAUAUGUGUUCAGCACGUUGUUAGCAUGUGGUUCAUUUACUGUGGAGGCAGGAUUGACUUACAGAGUUCCGUGUUUUCAUUUUUCCAUGUAGAAAUUAGGUACUGGAGCUAGUACCUUAAUUCAGGAAGUGAAAACAGUUGCUUGAUAAAGUGACUCAAAGCAAAGUUCAUUGAGAGAAUACAGAUGUUGAAAUCUGUAAUUCAAACCUGUUUUCACUGAGACGUUCACAUGCCGCCAAAGCACAUAGCUUUUACUUUAAUGCUUGUUUGUGCAGUGGAUUAAUAUAUCUUCAGUUAUGCUUACUGACACUGAAAUGUAUUUUAGUUAAAGUAUUGUCACGUAUGUUUAUGCAGUUUUCAUAUAUUUUGCAUUUGAUGCAUUGAUUGACAAAUUUCAGAAUUCAAAAACUAAAGUUAAAAUUUAUUCUCAACAAGCCACUGCUUUUUCUUUGAUAAGUUCAAACAGAGAUAAUUCAUAAUGAAUGUUAGUUUGAGUGAUCUGAAUAUUUUGAAAUUUUCCAGUUUCAAAUUUCAGGGAGAUUUGUUUUAGUCCAAAUGUCAUUUUCAAACCAAGAUUACUUACUUUUAUAAAGACAAAGAACCUGUCACCAAAGAUUGAAUGUUGUAUAUGAAAAUCUCCCAUUCCAUAAUUUGAUGUUGUAUCAUGUUAAUUAAUGUGUUUCUAAUUAGCAAUGGCCUUAGAUUUAGAUCUAAAGAGGUGCAUAAUUUCACCUGUUUGUCAAAUUGGGUGCCAAUAAUAAUAUCGCCAAGAAAAUAGACAAUUUUCAUAAUGCUACCUUUUAAUCUGUAGCAAUUUUAACAUUUUAUGAAUUUGUUCCCGUAAACUUCAAGGUAGAAUUGCUUUGCAUUAAAAUGUCAAAAUUAUAUUUUGAGUGAUACUUAUUGUAUUUCUUUAAAACUUUUCAUAGCAUGUUUCUAUAGAUGCCCAAAUUUAAUAAAUAUGUGAUUGCUGUACAUUUUGUGGAUAUUAAGUUUCCCUGACGUAUAACUGUUUUCAGUGAACGCUACUAACUGUUUCAUGAGUUUAUCCACUUUGCAGGAGUUUGUUUGUUUACUGCAGGGGGUCGGUGGGGUAGCCUAGUGGUUAAAGCGUUGGCUCGUCACGCCGAAGACCCAGGUUUGAAUCCCCACAUGGGCACAAUGUGUGAAGCCCCCUGCUGUGAUGUUGCUGGAAUAUUGCUAAAAGCGGCGUAAAACCAAACUCAGUCAGUCAGUCAGUCAGUUUACUGCAGGAUAUUGUUUAUACUUGGAACAAAUUGUCUCUCUCAGAUAUUCCUGGCUCUGUUGACCAUAAUCAUGGCUUCACUUGGCAGAUGUGUUCAGUGGAUUCACAGAAAGAGGUUGUGCUUCUUGUCCUUUGUUUUUCAGAUCAAAAUCUGAUGUUUUAUUACGUUUUAUGACUUUACUCAACAUUCUCAUGUCUGCAAGUUCUGAUUUAGUUAAUCCUGACACCAUCUGUGAUUCUGACGCAGCCAGUACAUUUAGUUGUUAUUCAGGUACUUGAAUAUGUUAUUGAUGCUGUCGGGGUGGCUGUCGGUGCAGGUACGACACAAAUGGACUCCAGUACCCUUGUGUUGAUUGAGAAGCACAUUUGCUUGACAAAAAGGAUGAGUGUUAAAAAUUGCACAAGUAGUUUCUGUGCACUGAUGUUGGUUAAACGUGAGCAAAAAGGAUGACACAGAAGUGUUUAAAAAUACACAAGUAUGGUUUCUGUGCACUGAUGUUGGUUAAUCUUGAACACAGAACGUUGAAGAAAUGUACCUGUCCCGAUAUUGACCCCAUCAUCCGUAUUUAGAAGAUAAAGCUACUCUGUUUUCAAUUUUGCGGUCCUUUAUCUUUGAUUUAAGACAGCUAAAUGUAAUUUAAAAAUCGAGUAUCACACAAUGUCGUGCUAGAAUGACCAGUAAUGGACGAAAGGGGCAUGAACUCUUUUAAGGGAUGACAUUUAUGGGUACUAGCAGCUUAUGGAUACCUUGAUGUUUUGACAGCUUUACUUGUUGCUUACAUUGCCUUUCUGCUAUUUUGUUACUUUUAGCGCACAAAUUUUUUCUGGAGUAUAUUUGCAAUUGUUACUUGACUGUCUUAAGUCAUUGUUCAUCAUGUGCAUUGUUGUCUGUAAGGUGCGUUUGUGUGACAUGUAUGUGAUUUUAUACUGUUCGUAGUUUUCUGAAAAUAUUUCAUUAAUGUGCUCUGAAGAGAAAACUACUCUCAGAUGUAAUUUGAUUUUGCUGAAAAAGUUGAACAAAUUAAAAAUGUAUAAAAAUUCUAAGAGAUAAAUAUAUUGUGUUUUGAACAUUUGAUGUUUCAUUUUUGCAAUAUUUACAGCGAUAUGAUAUUACAUAUGAACUGAUAUUAAGAUAUGUGAUUUUGUUUAAUUGAUCCCAUGUUAGUUAACAAAUAAUCAGAUAUCAUAGGUGCUUGAGAAGCAUCAAGAUGUAUUGCUAACAUCAUUAAAAAAUUAGAUUGGAUAUGUCAUAACAGUAUGAAAUGUAAAGGAGAUGUAUUGAUUGAUAGCGAGUUGAGAUGGUGGACUAUCAAUGUUCUAGAGAAGUGUGUACUGGAGGUUGGGUUUUAGCACUACAGAAGGCGACCAUCCACUGGAUGAGUGGUUGACACAAUUAACUGAUGAACACUUGGUGACACAAUGGACUAGCAGUGUUCUAGAGAAGUGUUUACUGGAGGUUGGGUUUUAACACUACAGAAGGCGACUGUUCCACUGGAUGAGUGGUUGACACUAUUAACUGAUGAACACUGGGUGACACGAUGGACUAGCAGUGUUCUAGAGAAGUGUUUACUGGAGGUUGGGUUUUAACACUACAGAAGGCGACCGGUCCACUGGCCAUAUGGUUGACAUUUGUCUGGGGUAGAUGGGUCGGUACGGUUCAGUUGAAGCUUAAACUGGUUUAGGAGUGUUCAAACUGAGUCCACUUGAUUGUUGACAAUUGCUUGACACACAUGUUCAACAAGGCCAGAGUUUGUUUGUAUCAGGAAGUUGCUCUGAAGUCUUAUGACUGAUUGGUAGCAAACGCUUACAAUUUGUCACAAAUCUGAGGCUAGUGGACUAGUGUUUGGUAAUACAUGCUUGUGGUGUUUUGAAUCUACUGUGGUGUUAAUGGCGGUUUUGGACAUUUUUGUAUUGUCAGCUGUCCAAAGACCUGCCGGAUCUGACUUUUGUUGGGAUGGAGACUGAAGCCUCUGUAGCACUUUUGUGGUCAUAUUUUGGUGAAGGACGAGCAGUGCCAUCAGCAUUGAUGGAGUUUGUUGAGACGAAGGUUGAAGGUGUAAGAUGUACAUUUGCAUGUACACUGUGUAUAAUUAAUAGCACAGUUUGUUGAUGUUGGUAUUGCACAAAAGGGCACCUCCUGCACAGUUAUCAGCUAUAAAUAGUGCAUCGAAGUAGAAACAGUCAUAACUGUACAUUAUGCACAGUCAGGAACCAACCCAUGCAUGUUCCAACAAUUAUUGGGAAGUGAUGUGUGAAGUCUUCAGAACUCUCUGUAAAACUUCAAAAUGAAUGUCAUGAUUGAGAGAGGUAUGGCUAGUGUUAACUAACAGACUUAGAAACUGUGACAGAUAUUGAAUCUGUUUUUAUAAACAAGACAUGAGGAAAGUGUGAAUGGGAUAAAAUCUGGCUUGGUUAAAAAUACUGCACCCAUACCAACUCUGAUAUAAGAUCCUAACAUCAUGUAGUAAAGCGUGGACUGCUUAUUUAACUCUUGUGGGUUAUCUAAGUAUGUACGCCUGGUUGGUGUUGACAGCAAAUGCUUAGAUACAAUGACCCAGGUACUUGAUGACCUGGACGGCUGAUGGAGACGUAAGUGGAGAAGAGCACAACACAUUUUGUCAAUUUUGUACACAAAAAGCAUUAAUGGAUCGGGUUGAGAUUUCAAUAGCGUAGCCAUUAUUGUGUAGUUUGGAGUACUGAAUUGUCUUUGUUGGUCUGCUUGUUGUGACACACGUAGUCUAUGUAUCUCCACUGUAGUUAAAUCUGUGGAUUAUGACUUCUUUGAUUGGCAUUCUAGAAUUUGAGGAGAUGAAGAAUGAGGACAAUUUUUAUGGAUAUACAACUUCUUAUUCUGUAUAGGCGAUGUUUCGAGAUAGAUUCUAAUGUCGUCAAGCAAGUGACAGCGACAUUAGAAUCUGUGUCAAAAUGUCGCCUAUACAGAAUAAAGAAGUUGUAUAUCCUUGAAAAUUGUCCUCAUUCUUCUGUGGAUUAUGGUCUGAUGGUUUGAAGCUUGAAGUGGAGGGCGAGGAGGCGAAUGGUGGAAGUGAAGAGUUAAGAAAAAUGAAAAAAGUAAAAACAUUGAACAUAUUCAAAUGUUAAAUUUGGCUUUGUAAAUGUUUCUCUUUCUUUGUAUUUUUGGUUGUUUCGAAAAGCAUCCAAUAUUUGAUAAAUUUGAAAGUGGUUAUGUUGUUUAAAUAUUCUACUUGAAAAAAGUUAAGGAAAUUCCAUUCCUUUCAUAUUACUGUGUGACAUGUAUCAUAGUAGCAUGAAAGAAUAAAGAAUUCUUCACUUUUUUGAGAAAAAUAUUUGGUAAUUUGUUCUGAAACUUUGCCUUGUUCAUUUACUAUGUCUGGUUUUGGAUACAUUGAUGUGUGGUUUGACAGCCGAUGUAAUGGUGAAGGACUUCAAUAUGUUUAUGGAGUUAAAUAUUUUUAAUUGGAAAAAUGAUAUUCUGGAAAUAACUGGUCACAUUUCAUGGUGAAGGUAUCAAUUGAUCAAAAGUUUUGUAAUUUGUGAUAUUAGGAAUGAUUUGAAUUAAUUUCUUUAAAUGUCUUUGGUGGUUUUGUCAUAAUGAUGAAGCUGAAAAAGAGUUUAAAUUAAGUCGUUGUGAUUAUUUAAACAUUUUUUCAGGUUCAUUUAACUUUGACAUAAUGAAUUUUUUUGACAAAUGUUUUGUAUUGUGAAAACCUAAUAUGCUUGUGCAUAGUAUUUUCUAUAAUGGGCAUUUAGAAUUGAUAUGAAUCUUGCAGUAAAUGAAAUUUUCAGAGAAAAUGACUCUAAAGCAAGAUUUUGUUUAUUGUUCGAUUCUCUGUGCAUAGUGUGUAGACGUUUCUGUUUUAGUUUUUUAGCUGUAGUUUGUAGCGUGUGAAGGUGUUUCUAGGUUGCUGUUAGAAUGAUUUUAUGCAAAUCUGAAUACAUCUGUAUAAAACAUAAUAUUAUACUACCCAACUUCGAAAGGGAUGUAUAAAAAAUCCUAUUCCAUUGCUGUUGUGAAACCAGGGACUGUGUGGAUAUGUAUACUAUAAAUGGCGUAGCCUGAAAUGUCAGAUCCGCAGCAAUAUCGGAUACUGAUUAGCAUGACAACAUUUCAAAACCAUCAUUUCAGGAAGCGAAAAAUAAUCAGCAGAAGUUGUGUGGUAUAUUUUUGCAAACCGUAUUAGAAUUCCAAGGGUCUGCUUUCAGUUAGACCUGUCAGGUUUGGUAUCAUAUCCGUAAGGAAUAUUUGUGUUGUAAGAAGCCAACUGGCUCAAAGUAUGUCCAGAAAUAAGGGGCAGCAUAAUAGGAUUUAGAUAUCAUAAAAACAAUGGGUAAUAUUUGGGGAAGCAUCCUUGAUAAGGCAGCGUGUUGUGUAACUAUUCUGUAAAGUUAUAUACCCUUGACCCAGCUGCUGGUUUGGCUUUGCUUGGGAAGUGAAUCCAUCUCCACUUUCCUAUCACAAACAGCUCUGUCUUUGAAAUCAACAGCCAAUCAAAAUGCCACUCCUACAUUUCAAAACCUCAUAUUCAAUCUGGUUGUAAUUGAGAUGGCAAGUAAGGUUACGCUGAGUACUGGCAAUGUGUCCUUGUUUCAAACGUGUACUAAGCGCGAAUUGUUGGACUUGAGUUUUGUCAUUUGAACUGUAUAAAUCGGGGAUGAGGAUGGAGCUGAGGGUGGGUAUGAGUGAUGAAAAGAGGAAAAUGAGCCGGGGGUCUUGGUGGCUGCAGGUUUAGACGAUUUGUAAGAAUGACCCCAGCACGAUCAAAUCCGCUGAAUUCUGUGGAAAAUUCUCAUCCCUGAUAAAUACAAAGCUUUGGUGGUGAAUGGAUCAAGGGUGUUAAUCAGAAAGGAAUGGCGGUAUGAUACCUUUGAAUAUCGAGGAUGCUGUGAAGUUACGAUCAGUGGAUGUGUUUGUAUUCAGAUUUGUAAACUCCUGUUUGGUUUGAUGAUUUGGACUUUUGUAGUAACUAGAGAAGCCAUUUUGGAUGACCGAGCCUGUUGUGGAGAAUUUACCAGACCUUCAUGGCAAUGCAGCAUUUGGGCAAGCAGAGGAACCACCUUGGCCCCAAUGUAGUAUUGUUAAGUACUUGAGUUAUUUAGUGUGGUUUUCAGACAGCUUGUUUCAUGAGUUACUGUGGAAAUAUUUGCAGGCUAAUGGUUGCUUAAACACAGUUAGUGUCCAGUGAUACUGGAUGUUAUGUUACAUUUGGUUUUGGAUCAGCCAUUUUCCAAUUUGGUGUUGUCGCACAUUUGUACUUUCUCAUCUGUGUAUAUUGACAUAUAAUGCUCAAUACAAACUUUACCUAUUUUUUACAUUUACAUUUUGCUAUGUUACUGAGCUUGUUCCGAUGGGAUGUUGAAGAUUCACUGUCAAGGUGUCUGUAUCUCUUAACAUGCUAUUCUGUAUUCCCAUAUGGAAAUAAACUUCCAAGUGAU